CAGGGGCCCCACAGAGCAGGUUCUCCCCAUGACACCACCUGGAAGGCUCUACCUCCUGCGGGUGUGCAGCGCCCCCCUCCUCCUCCUCCUUCUGGGGCUGCUGCUGGCCCUGCCGCCUGAGGCCCAGGGGCUUCCUGGUGUUGGCAUCUCACCCUCAGCUGCCCGGACUACCUAUCAGCACCCUCAGAAGCACUUCGCACAAGGCACCCUCAAACCUGCUGCUCAUCUUAUUGGAGACCCCAGCACCCAGAACUCACUGCGCUGGAGAGCAAACACAGAUCGUGCCUUCCUCCGCCAUGGCUUCUCCUUGAGCAACAAUUCCCUCCUGGUCCCCACCAGUGGCCUCUACUUUGUCUACUCUCAGGUGGUCUUCUCUGGGGAAGGCUGCUUCCCCAAGGCCACCCCGACCCCUCUCUACCUGGCCCAUGAGGUCCAGCUCUUCUCCUCCCAGUACCCCUUCCACGUGCCUCUCCUCAGUGCUCAGAAGUCCGUGUGCCCAGGGCCACAGGGACCUUGGGUGCGCUCUGUGUACCAGGGAGCUGUGUUCCUGCUCACCCAGGGAGAUCAGCUAUCCACUCACACAGAUGGCAUCUCCCACCUACUCCUCAGCCCCAGUAGUGUCUUCUUUGGAGCGUUUGCUCUGUAGAAAUCUCCAGAAAGAAAAUUAAUUGGUUUCAAGACCUUCUCCCAUUUUGCCUCCGUGCUGACCACUUCAAGGGUGUCACCACACCUCUUUCGACCAUUCCACGUGUCUCAAGUCUCCCCUGCUCAUGUUACCUGGAGCUUCCAAAGAAGGAAUUCUAGGCAGCCCGGGGGACCACACCCGCCUGAACUACACCGAUGCGAGGCUGAGGAUUUCGAGUCUGCCUAGAAAUUCCCACCCAGAGCUCUUCAUCUGUCCUGCCCCUCUAAGGAAGGCCUGGCCCUGCACGUGGAGGGGGCAGACACAUGGAGGAGCUUGAGUGGAUGACAGGAGGCAGGGGAGGGGGGAUUAUUUAUAAAGGGAAAAAAUUAAAUUAUUUAUUUAUGGAGGAUGGAGGGAAGGGAAUAAUAGAGGGCCAUCAGAAGAGAGAGAGAGAGAGAUACAACCAAGAGAUGAAGAGCCAGAGAACAUCAGCAUAAGGAUAAUCCAGUGAGAGAGAAAACAAGUGAAUCUGAGACACCGGGAGCUCUAGAAGGAAGCAAGAGACUCUUAAGAUCCAGCCACUGCUUGACUAGACACCCCAUGAGGAGACAUCUGCACCUUCAAUGAAGCCCAAUAAACCUCUUUUCUCUGAAA